AUGGAGUCAGCAUUUGAACCCACACUGCAAAACAUUAUAGCUUAAAAGUCAUUGAAAUGGAUCUUCGUAGGUGGUAAAGGUGGUGUAGGAAAAACCACAACAUCAUCAUCUGUUGCAGUUGAAAUGAGCAAGCAUAGAGAUAAUGUGUUGAUUAUUUCUACUGAUCCAGCUCACAACCUAUCAGAUGCCUUUGAUCAGAAGUUCACUAAUCAGCCAACAUAAGUAAAAGGAUUCAAUAAUCUUUACUGCAUGGAAAUUGACGCUCAAAGUUCAGCUGAAUAGAAUAAAUUCUUCUCAUCACUAGGUCUUCAAGGAGAGGAAAGUUAGGGAACAAUGAGCUUUAUGAAAGAGUUUAUGUCUUCUGUUCCAGGCAUUGACGAGGCAACUAGUUUUGGAGAAGUGCUAAACUCACUUGACAAUUACAAUUUUGAUGUCAUUAUUUUCGAUACUGCCCCUACUGGGCACACUCUUAGACUUUUGAAUUUCCCGAACAUUCUAGAUAAAGCUCUUCUCAAGAUGAUUUAGAUGAAAGAAAAAUUCGGAGGAAUGCUUAAUUAAUUCGGCACUAUGCUUGGAGGUGGUUAGACCAAUGGAGAAGAUUUCCAAAAGAAACUUUUUGAUUCACUUGAUGGCAUGAAGUCUAAGAUAGUAGAGAUCAAUAAAUAAUUUAAGGAUCCAGAAAAGACUACUUUUAUCGCUGUCUGCAUCCCUGAGUUUCUCAGUCUCUAUGAAACUGAGAGACUAGCAAUCGAGCUUGCAAAAUAUGAGAUCGAUAUUCAUAACAUUGUUAUUAACUAGGUAUGCUUCCCAGAAAAAGAAACACCUUGCAGAAAAUGCAUUGCUAGAAGAAAGAUGCAGGAUAAAUACAUUACCUAGAUUAAGGAGAUUUAUGAUGACUUCCAUUUGAUUAUUAAUCCAUAGCUUGAUGAGGAAGUUAGAGGUAUAGAAAAGCUAAAGGAAUAUGGAAGGUUAUUGUUUGAGGGUUACGUGCAUGAUAAAUGA